CCGCGUCAAACGUGCCGGCUAUAGGUUAAAUCCUCCCGCUCCAGGUUUUUGUUGUUUUUCCGGCGUUGCCUCCUGAUCCCGCCUUCAAAAGUGCCAGCGGACCAAUCGGUGGCCCGUGCUCGCCGGGACGCCCGGCGUCGAGGCGCCUCCACGACCACCAACGACUUCGACCUCCGGUGAUAUCUGGACGAUCGGUACAACCUAACGUCGAUCUCUCGCCAGCAGACACCGAGACUUCGAGACGUCAACUGUCGCCGUCGCUUUCCCCGGCGCGGGUACAUUAUAUCAGUUUUAAAACAUAUUUCAUGUUGCCGGAUUUCGAAAAUGAGAAAACUCCUCGGGACUGGUUGAGAUAGUUUUCAUCGGCCGUCGGGAUAAAUCAGUGUACCGUAUAUGAAGAACCAGGUUUCCAAGGUGAAUCGUUCGUUGAAAUUAGUGCGAGGACUAUGGGACAUUUGUUAACUAUUAAGUACACAAAUACUUCAGUCUGGAUAAUAAUUUGACUAUUGUGCUUGAGUGUAGUGUAGUGAAAUUGUCAAGCUUUUGUCGAGUCUUCUGACACGAACAUUGUCUUCUACUUAGAGAAAUGUUUAUCGAAUCACAAUGAACGGUACGACAUCCGUUACAACUCCGGAGGAGCAUCAGCAUCAACAUCAGCAACCGCAAAGUGAACCACCCCCAGAUCAUCCAAGAAGUCCUACUAGUCCUCUAAGUAUACGACAUGACUCGGGCGACAGCAGCGUUAUCUCCCCAGGAUUACCGGAACGGUAUAGCCCGCUGGGAGCGUCGGGUUCGACCUCGAGUCACGAUCCUUACCUCUCGAGGUCUGUGCAAGAAUGUCCAGUUCCACUUUGUCGAGGAAUACCCACAGAUUUCCCGCUAGCGAGGUCGCCGUACUUAACCGCUUUGGGAAACGGUCACCCUCAUCUUUUGGGCCAAGUGCAACAACAGCAACAGCAACAGCAGCAACAGCCGCAGCAACAGCAGCAAAUGCAACCACAACAUGGUACCAAGCCACCACGUAGUCUCGGUUUGAUAUGCGUAGUGUGCGGCGAUACCAGUUCCGGGAAACAUUACGGAAUUCUGGCUUGCAACGGGUGCAGCGGAUUUUUCAAGAGAAGCGUCCGACGAAAGCUGAUUUACAGAUGUCAAGCUGGUACUGGGAGAUGUAUCGUGGACAAAGCUCACCGAAAUCAGUGUCAAGCGUGCCGUUUGAAGAAAUGUAUGCAGAUGGGAAUGAAUAAAGACGAACAUGUCUAUUCCACUUCAUGGAUGCUGCAUGCGGUACAGAAUGAACGACAACCCAGAAACACUGCCACUAUUAGGCCAGAGGCUCUCGUCGAGAUGGACCAGGAACGCGCACUUCGAGAGGCCGCGGUCGCCGUCGGUGUUUUUGGGCCACCUGUGUCUUUGGCUAUGGCGAGAUACACAACACCAUUACCUUUGCCCACUGUCGCGCCGACGACAAACUCAACAAAUCCUGCAACACCACCUCGACAGGAUAAUGACGAUGGAAAUGGAUCUGAGGACAGUAUAGACGUGACGAAUGAGGAACCAUUAACACCCCAAAGAAGCGGUUGCACACAAAUUCCACCUGUGAUUCCCUCGCUGUACUCACCUGCUAGUGCUGAAACUGUGUACGAAACCAGUGCCAGAUUGCUGUUCAUGGCUGUAAAGUGGGCGAAGAAUCUUCCGUCUUUCGCGAGUUUACCUUUCAGAGAUCAGGUGAUACUUCUCGAAGAGGCCUGGUCGGAACUUUUCCUUCUGAACGCAGUACAGUGGUGCCUUCCACUCGAAUCGUCGCCCCUUUUCAAUUCCGCGGAACUAACUGCUCUGACUUUGUCGCCGCAUCCGCACCCUCACCCUGGGAUCCAUAUGCAAACCACCACCGGCAAGCCAAGUCAGGUGGCAGCAGAUGUGAGGCAUUUGCACGAUACCUUACAAAGAUACAAAGCUGUCAUGGUUGAUCCGGCUGAAUUCGCCUGCAUGAAAGCCAUCGUAUUGUUUCGUCCAGAAACUCGUGGCUUGAAAGAUUCCAGUCAAAUAGAAAAUCUUCAGGAUCAAGCACAAGUAAUGUUAGGCCAGCACGCUAGAGCACAGCAACCAGCGAGUCCUGCACGAUUCGGCAGACUGUUGCUGUUGCUGCCGUUGCUGAGGACAGUGCCAGCGUCAAGGGUGGAAUUAAUAUACUUUCAUAGAACGAUCGGCAACACACCAAUGGAAAAAGUCUUGUGUGACAUGUAUAAAAAUUAAUAAGAAUCCUGAUCAGUUCUUAAAAUUGGAACGAAUCAAUCUACCGAAGCUCUUUAAAAAUGGAUUUUUCUAUAGUGUCACAUUAAGGAUACAAAUACGGGAAAUUCCAUUGGCAUCAAGGGUAUUCGAAAUAAAUCUCUAAGAUAUUUGAUUGAUUCUGUGAUACGUUCCACUUUCUUUUGAAUUAAGUAUAAACUUGUAUUAGAAUGAGCAGUGAAUAUGUUUGAAAACGAGGGAAUUAGCGAAGUGAACGUAUGCAAAUUUAAUCAAAGUUUCUUUGUAAUACUGUCUCGUAAAAUACAAUGUAGACAACAAAAGAUUUUCUUUUGUGAAAGGAUCUCUGUAACAUUGCACUGAUUUAAGAGCAGCGUAGGUGUUAAAAAUUCGACGUCUACGCGGAAGAAAAUCAGAGAGUAUUAAUAAGCAAUUGAACUGACCAAAUAGUCGGUAGUACUUGAUACGAGUCAGUUAUUUAAGACGUCUGUACGAAUGGUUUGGCCUAAGGACGAAGCCCCAAACAUGACCCUUUAAUUACAAUCUUCGACCUGUGCUAGUGAUCUCUUUUCACCACUACACGGGUAUCGAGUAACGACAGAUCCUUGAAGAAAGGUAACGAAACAAGGCGUCCAGUCUUUUAAAUGGUUCAACGGUAUCUAAGUGAAACGAUGGAUACUCAGUUCCGAUAUAAAGAUAUAAAUAUAUAUAUAUAUAUACACUAUUUAUUAUAGAAACGUUUAUCGAACAUUAGGUUCGACAUGUUGACCAAGUCGUUUUAACUUUCAAUUCUUAAGUAGACAAUUUUAUACGGAGCACUAAAUUUUAUAGAUUUGGAGUUAAUAGCAAGAGAACUUUUAUUUGAUUCGAUCACUGUUUUCCUGUUAAGUUCUAUUAUUUAUAUUCUGAAAAUGUAUGAAAGAUAAAACGUUUUGAAGAUAGAGAUAAAUAAGGUGAACUUUCGGACAGCUGUAAAAAGAUACACAUGUGCUUCUCUUGUAUAUUUCGUGUUGUGAUACUAUUUGCUGUAAAAGUCUAGAUACUGAAUCACGUGACGUAUAUUGUAACAAUAACGUAAUCACUUGUAAUAAAAGUACAUAAGACUAAAAAUUAUAGAGCGGCAGAUUAAUAACCCUACUCUCGAAUGAAAAUUAAGUCUGCCUUUCCAUGCCACUAAUCUCGUUGGUGGAGUGAUUCUGCUCCUCUGAUGAAAGUCAAAGAUCCCGAACCAGAAACUACUUUAAUUUCUGUUUAUUUAAUGGAGGGUAACACCGAGCGACUCCCAGCAAAGCGAAAUUUGACGCUAACCCCGGGUCACGGUGGUUGUUGCAUGAACGUACAUAUUUAUUUAUCACCGUAUAAUCCCUGAUUUUCCUUGGGGGGUUUUGCC